CUACGGCCUGUUUUGUAAAAAAAAAUAAUUAUAAUUAUAAAUUAAAUUAUAAAUAAUGCAUGUCACUCAUCUCGUAGUUGUUAUUUCUAGAUAUUUAUUACAAUAGUUGUAUAGGUAUUCCAUUAUACAGUAUAUACUAUAUAGUGUUUCAUACAAGUUCAUGUGUGGUCCAAAGUCAAGGUCGGUGUUCACCAGGAACUCACGCGAUAUAUAUAGGCUAUCAUUCAUGCAUACAUGGAUAAUGACCAUGGUUAAUUCCCACAACACUUAUUCGUCUGUAAUAAAAUAUAAUGAUAACAAAGCCAUCAAUAUUUACAAAAACUGAACACGCAAUUUGUGCAGCCUAUGUAUCUACGUCGAAUGGCUGCCUCAAAUGGGUAGCAAUUACUAACUAUUACGCCUACAAUCAACGUGUUCAUAUUACCAGGGCAUUCGUCAUCGGAAAAUUAUGAAAAUAUCAUGUCAUUGUCACCAGAUAUAAUACCAAGCCGACCGGUACAUACAGUCAACGGUCGUGUAGCGUUAAGGAGACCGGAUCAUAAAGUUCGGUCGAGAACCACGUGUCCAUUUAGAUUUCGAUUCACAUGGUGGUCUAACACUGAACCGCCAAAGUAUUUUGAGAAGUUGUGCGAAAAUUGCAAAACCUAUAAACACGAAAAUGGUAGUCGGUAUCAAUACACAGCACUGGAACCAGAUUCUAUUGGACAAGAACGGAUGGAACUGGAACGAAAAGCUCGACAACAUGCUCAAAAUGCAUGUCAGCAUUACUUAAGGUUUUGUCCUCGAUACGCUCUCCUACAACACUUGAACGACAUUGGAUCAAGGGUGGACAAACAUUGGUUUGUGGUACGUGAUGGAUCGGUCAAGACAGAACGUUUAUUGACGCUCGUGCCAAAGAAUCCAAAUAGCAUUCUUGAAUGUACACCGGAUACAAGGCGUACCAUAUUAGAUCUUUUUUUAACAUUACAACACCCAUAUAUAUAUCCAAUAUUAGAUGUUGAGUUUGUAGAAGGUGCGACUGAUCCAGAAACUACAUUUAUAACAUUAGUCUUACCUUUUAAUAGUAAAGGAAGUCUUAAAGAUCUUAUCUAUAAGAGUUGUUGGCAUGAUGAUUGGAGUGAUAAGUAUGGGCAACGAAGUGAAGGUUUACCACUGUCACAAAUUCAAAGACUUGGGCGCCAGAUCCUUGAAGCACUUUUAUUCCUCAAGAAGAGAAAAUUUCCUCAUGACUGUAAUUUACAUUCUGGAAAUGUAAUUCUACAAAAUGGUGUAGCCAGAAUCACAGGCUUAGAAAAUUUUUUACUUGGAUUCACAUCAAGAAUUCAACCCAUUGUUAUGAGUGGUAAUUUUGUAUUGGAAGACUUCUCAGCAAUAGAUGUUAUUUGUUUUGGUCAUGUUUUAUUUGAAAUGGCAGCUGGUUAUGAAUUGCUUACUCCAGAACCCAGCGAAACUAAUUUACGCGAUAUUGCUCACUAUCCACAAGUAGUUGAAAUAAUGGACUUGGUAUUUAAAAAUCCUAUGGGUCAAGUACCAGCAAUUGAACUGCUAGUAAUGACUGAGUUCUUCAGAAACAUUGAUCUCAGAGAAAUGCGUGCGACAUCUUGGCCCCUUUUACAGGCCAAAAUGACAGUCUCUUCAUCACAGUUAUUGGAAACUGUGAGAAACAGAAAUAAUAGCAAGAGUUGCUCGAUCUCGAACAAUCAUGAUAUUGAUAUAACAGAAACAACCUCCAAGGAAAAUUUACAAAUAAAAAAACUGUCAAUGAGAAGUAAAAGCUGUGAUGAUCAAAAAUAUUCUCAUGCAAUGCAAAGAAAAUCAAAUUUUGUUGGUGAUAAGGACUGCAUGGAACAUCGUGGUUUAUCAUUAUAUCACCGCCAACAGUCACUCGACUUCCAAUUUUUGGGAUAAUAAUAAUCCUAUAGUUCGUCUAUUAUUUUUAGACUGACAAUUGUUUACUAGGUUCCUUAAGCAAUACAUUUUUAUUAUUUAAAAUCGUUAAUAGGCAAUCAUAUUUAAU